UUUGCAGCAUUUCAGGAGAAUAUGAAAACCACACCAGCAGGAUAAAAGUUACUGUUCAUGGAAAGAAACGCUCCAAGUACAGGAUCAUGGGGUAUGGGCAAAUCCUCCACCGGCGUGGGGAUGAGGAGGGCCAGGUCCAUCUCAAUGUGGGAGGGGUACGGCAUGAACUGGAUCCAGAUAUGGUGCUCCGCUUUCCUCACACACGCCUGGCUCGUCUGCUGUGCUGCCAGAGUGAGGCAGCAAUCUUGGAGCUGUGUGACGACUACAGCCCGACUGAGAAAGAGUACUACUUUGACAGGAAUCCCCGGGUUUUCCUCUGUGUGCUCAACUUUUACCAGACGGGACAAAUCCACAUGAUGGAGGAGCUGUGCGUCUUUUCCUUCAGCCAGGAGAUCGAAUACUGGGGCAUCAAGGAGCUCCACCUCAGCCCCUGCUGCAGCAACUGGUACCACGAGAGGAAGGAGUACAUCGAGGACAGAGACUGGGACAUCCGGAGUGAAGACCAGCAGGAGCCGAGCUUUGACUCUUCAUUUGAGGAGCUCUCUGCACUCGAUAAAGACCUCGCCAAGUUCAAAGGUGCCUGGUGUGGAGAGGUUCGCAGCUACGUGUGGCUCAGAUUGGAGGAUCCAGGUCACUCAAGAGCCUCAAAGAUCAUUGCUGUGGCUUCUCUCAGCGUGGUGUUGACCUCCAUCAUUGCCAUGUGCGUUCACAGCAUGCCAGAGUUUCAGCGUGUGGAUGACAACGACAGGCCCAUUGAGGACCCCGUGCUCACUAGACUGGAGGAGGUAUGCAUCGCUUGCUUCUCCGCAGAGUUCAUCAUCAGGCUUAUUGUUGCUCCCUCUCGAAGGAAGUUCCUCGGAAACCCCUUAAACAUAAUUGACGCUGCUUCGAUUUUGCCAUUUUAUGCCACUUUAGCUCUGGAGACAGCUGAUGAGGAGAGCGCCGAGGAAAACGAGGACAUAGAAAAUGUGGGAAAAGUGGUGCAGGUUCUGCGCCUCAUGAGGGUUCUCAGAAUCCUCAAACUGGCUCGGCACUCCAUCGGACUGCGAGCGCUGGGUGCUACCGUCCGCCACAGCUACCACGAGGUGGGCCUGCUCCUUCUCUUCCUCUCAGUGGGAAUCUCCAUCUUUUCUGCCCUCAUCUAUUUUGCAGAGAAGGAAGAGGAGCACACAGAUUUGGGGAACAUACCUUCAGGCUGGUGGUGGGCCACGAUCACCAUGACGACAGUCGGCUAUGGGGACACCUGCCCGGUGACACUAGCAGGAAAGAUAGUGGCCACCGUGUGUAUUAUCUGUGGCCUGUUAGUGGUGGCUCUUCCCAUCACCAUCAUCUUUAACAAGUUUUCAAAGUACUAUCAAAGAAACAAAGCCAUGGAGGGACAGUGCAUCACCAAGCCUGAAAGACAAGACCCAGAACUCCCUCAUUAUAACAUCAGGGAGUUGUUAGCAGGAAGUGUGUACCCCUUUAUAGGAAGCAUUGCCUUUAGGAACAGUGGGAGCAGCGGAGGGGACGAUACGGACGCCUCCAGUCUCCAGGACAUUGAGGUGUAUGAUAAUGACGCUUGUGAAAAUGGAGCAGCCAAAUGAGAUUCCUGUCAUUUCACUGAGCAUCACUCCCUUUAUGACUGCGAGUCACUCUCUGCCUCUCAGGGCAGAGCCCUCUA